CCAAGACAAGUUUCCCACGGGCGAGUAAAUAAGACACCAUCAUUUUCCCACUAUCUUAUUUUCUUUCUUUCAUCUCUUUCUGUAUACAUUCAUUAUCGUCUCUCUCUUUUGUUCAUCAGAUGUAUCUUCGAUCAAUCAAGUCUAUUUCCUCUGUUAUUAGGAAGCCCUUAACUCAAAGCCAUCGUCUUGCAGUUCCCACGUCAGCAUAUCGAUUCAAUACUCGAUUCUUCCAUGCAUCACGUAUUCAAGAAGCAGUCAAGCCAUUUUUAUUGGCUGAUAUUGGAGAAGGCAUAACAGAAUGUGAAGUGAUCCAAUGGUUUGUAGAGCCAGGUUCAGAAGUGAAUGAGUUUGAUAAGAUAUGCGAAGUUCAAUCAGAUAAGGCCUCAGUGGAAAUCUCAUCACGGUUCGCUGGAAAGGUUCUCAAGUUGCAUUAUGAUGUUCAUGAUAUUGCCAAAGUAGGUCAUCCUCUAGUUGAUAUAGAGACCGCUGAUGAUGAAGAUGAUGGUGGUAGUAAGAACCAAGUGAGCGAGACAAAGGCACCCAAUGAAGUAAAGCAGCAGCCACCAGCUGCAAACGCUGCAUCCAAUCAAGGUGUAGACAGGUCAAGCGAUAGCUCUGUACUUGCAACACCUGCUGUCAGACAUUUGGCAAAGGAAAAAAAUAUAGAUCUUACCAAAGUUACUGGAACCGGAAAGGACGGUAGGAUAUUAAAAGAGGAUGUGUUGGCUUAUGCCGCUGGUAAACAGCAAGGAAAAGAUGUAGCUGCUGCGCCAAAGCAGACAUCUAUCCUUUCUGCACAUGAUCGUGCCGAACCUCUCAGUAUGAUCCAGAAAGCCAUGUUCAAGUCCAUGACGCAAUCUCUCAGUAUUCCACAACUUGGCUAUAAAGAUGACAUUGAACUAGACGCUACCACCAAGUACCGUGCAGCACUUAAUCAACAUAUUGCAGCUCAUCCUCACAUGUAUCCAUUCAAGAAGAUAACGUACCUCCCUAUCUUUGUAAAAUGUCUCUCUAUUGCCUUGUCACACUACCCUAUCAUGAACGCCAAGCUAGAAGGAGACAUGAACGAUCUUAACUCUAUCAGGCUUGUCUAUCGAAACUCGCACAACGUUGGUAUUGCUAUGGAUACACCUCAGGGUCUUAUAGUGCCAAAUGUCAAGGAUGUUCAGUCAAAGACUGUUUUCGAGAUUGCCUCUGAAAUUCACCGAUUACAGGAGCUGGCCAAGUCUAAUUCUUUGCCCAUGUCCGAUCUGAAAGGAACCACCAUUACGAUAUCUAAUAUUGGUGUGAUUGGUGGCACUUAUGCCAAUCCUGUGGUAGUUUCUUCUGAAUUGGCUAUUGUCGCAUUGGGAAGAAUGCAAAAAUUGCCUCGCUUUGAUGAACACGAUAAUGUUGUAGCUAAGCAAAUCCUGCCUAUUAGCUGGUCGGCAGAUCAUCGUAUUAUUGAUGGGGCAACCAUUGCCCGAUUUGGUAACCACUGGAAGAACUUGAUUGAAAAUCCUGCUCUUUUAGCAAGUGAGCUGCGUUAAAGUACGUGAAUGGAAUAGCUUAGUUAGAAAAAUAUAUAUAUUUGUGUAUAUUACAAUAAAACACCUACCUAGAAAAGGAAAGUG